AUGGAUGCCAAGGGCAAAGGGGUACUUGCGGGUAGAGCCUUCCGUCGAGGCGAAUACGUGUGUGAGUAUGCCGGUGAGCUGAUCGAACUGGAGGAGGCUCACCGACGCGAGGAGCGCUACCGAACCGAGGCCACUGCCAAGGGCCUGGAUGAAAUGAUGUGCUACAUGUAUUUUCUGCGUCACAAGAGUCGUACUUACUGCGUUGACGCCACUCAGACGGGUCGAGUCGGCCGCUUGAUCAAUCAUUCCCGUGCAAAACCCAACUUGAAGACCAAGCUCUUUGUACUUGAUGAUCGCCCACACCUGGGUUUUAUUGUAAAGCGGGAUAUCGAGAAAGGAGAGGAAUUGCUUUACGACUACGGCGAGCGCGACCCCGCCACUUUGCGCCAGAUGCCUUGGUUGAAACAGUAA